CCUAUUGAGAUUAAUAAAAGAUGCGUUUUUCAAGACUUUGUGAACUAUUGCAGAACUUGAGAUUGUAGUUCAAACUGAUUCUCUGUGACCCACUUGUUGCGUUUAGGUUAUGGUGUUAUAAACAAAAAUAUGUUUGGCAUAAAUGUUUGGUUUUCAUGAUAAGUUCUUGCAUGCCAGACGGUAGGCAUGGAGGGCCCAGGUCUGAGCUUGUUUCAAGGCUCAGAAAGUAUUCGACUAAAUACAAGUACCCAAGGCUUAGAGGAGGAUGAAGAACAAGAAGAUAUCAAACGACGUAACAAGGAGAUCAAAGAUCUUCUGACUACUGCAUUUGAUGACUUAGAGGACGAAGAUGACACUAGUUCUAUCAAUAGUAGUCAUUGUCAAGAUAGCACUAAAGAAACAGAGAAUUCUAACAUAGGUAUGAAUUUCUGUGCCCAAGGAAUCGUAUCGCCGAACGGUCAAACGGUGUCGCAGUUGCAGAAAGAAUUUGGACUAUAUGAUCGUAUAGAAAAUUCAAAUAACUAUGAGAACGCUAUGACAAAUCAUAGAUCAGAAUUAGAAAUUGGUUCUUCGAUCUCCGAUGUACAAAGAGAUUUUAAUAUGUAUGGUCAGACAGAUACACCAUAUUCUAAAAGUAUCAGGGGUAAUGACACGCACAGCAUGACUGCUGAAACUCCUUACGAGUUAGCGAGACCGCUGAAUUCUGUAUUUCCUAGAGAUUUAAGACCUCAAGUUAAUGAAGACUACACAUUUAAUGAAAAUUACCCGUAUAAUUUUCAAACGCCAUCUAAUCAUUAUGAUGCUCAAUCUAAAAGUUAUUCGAAUAAUGGUUAUAUCGAUGGUUAUGAAAACAAUGUACAAAGUAAACAAAUUCACGAGUUCGGUGGUGGAGAUAACGUUACUUCGGAUCAUGUGAACCAUUGUUACAAAACCAGUCCGAAUGGUAGGUCGCAAGAUGAUGAUGUAGCUUAUAAAGCAGCAGAAUAUGAAAGCAAGGAACAAUUAGAAGUUUUGUAUACAGUUCGAAUGAGAGAAAUUAAAAGAUUAACGGAAGAACUACAACAAUUGCAAUUGGAAAAAGAAGAGGAGAAAAAUCAACUUGGUAGAAAGAUUACUCUUCUACAAGCAGAAAUUGAAAGAUCAUGUAUAUCUAGAAAUCAAACACAACAUGCGCUGGUUGACGCAAAAGCUGAAAUUGCUGAUCUUCACAAUCAAAUAACGUCGUUAAGAGAAAAGAACGCAGUUCUAGAGAAAACUAAUCAAAAUAUGACACAGGAAUUAAAUGUUGCAAGAGAUUCUGUAAUAGAAUUGCAACAGAAAAUAGCUGUAUUAGAAAGAGUACAAGCCUUACAAACAAAUGAUAAAACCCAUGAGAAAUUUUUAAAGCAAGCGCAAGAAAAACAUGCGGUUGAAAUGAAGAAUAUGCAAACACAAAUAGAUGUUCUUACAGACAAGCUUAAUGCAAAGCUGCUCAAUAUGGAUUCCAACACUCAUUGCAUAUGGGAAACGUCGUACGUUGCAUUGGAAAACAAAUUAUCGGACGUCCGAAGAGCACACGAGACGCUUAUGGUGGAGAAGGGGGACACCAUGAAUCGUUUAGCACACGCGUUAGAAGAAAGCCAAACGCAGUGCCGCAACCUCAUGGCUACAAACAAUGCUCAACAAUUCAUGCAACUUCAAGCACAGAAUAAACUCCUGACUCAAGAAAAAGAAGACAUGCAAAAAGUAGUUCACGAUUUACAGAAUAAAUUAGAAGUAGCAAAAAGUGAUGUAUUACAAUACGAUUCACUCUUAACGACAACAUUGGAGGAAGAAUCGGACUCCAUUAGGCAAUUGAAAUUAGGCGACCAUCAUAAUAAAUCGAAAUCAAAACCGUGUGACGAUAUUGCAAACAAGUUAAGGGGAGAAUUGCAAAGGUGUUUGGCUGGACAUGCAGUUAAAAGGAAGGAAAUCACUCGAUUAGAGAAUACUUUGUCACAAAAAGAAAAAGAACUUGACAAAGCGUUGACGUUAUCUGACACGUGUCGUCAAGAAGCAGCUCGAUACGCUAAACGUGUUAGCGAAUUGGAGCAAGAACUUAAAUCUGUACUUACAGAUCAGGCGAUAAAAGCGAAUGCUCAAAUACAAAAAUUAUCAAAUCAUCUGUGUGAUGUAAAAAAGCAGUACGAGUCUUUGCGGGAAGAAAAACUCGGAUUAGAACAGAAAUUAGAGGAAACGUUAGCAAUUAACCACGAGACACUUAAACAGUUGCACCAAGAGAGUACGAAUAAGCAGGAGAAAGAAGCCAUUGACGAGUACAAUAAAGAGUAUCUAGAAAUACAUGCUAAAGCUGUAGAAAGAGUUAGGCAAGAAGCACACAUUGAAGUAGUGCAAUUAUCUGUGCAAUUAGAACAAACGCAAAAGGAGUUGGAUCGCGUUAAGGAAUUGUAUAUAGAUGUCUGUAGUACAAAGGAACAGUUAAUAAGUGAACACAAGUCUGAAAUCAAAAUGUUAAAAGAGAAAUAUGCUAGCCUCGAGGAGCGUGAAAAGACCAUCGAAAAAUAUGACUAUGACUUGCAGGCACAAGUAAAAAUAACGGAAAAAUUAACACAGGAAUGCGACACGUAUAGGAGUAAGGUAAUUGAAUUAGAAAAAGAGUUAAAUUGUGAAAAGAAGAAAAAGGAAGAAUAUACAAAAAAAAUUCAUCAAGAAAUUGAAAGAGCUAAACAGGAAGCAUUAAACGAAUUACGGAAUGCUCAUCCUAAUCAGGAAAUAAGCGUACUCUUGCCAGAUCAUUGCUCCGAGCAUUUAGAGAAAAUUAAUCAGUUAGAGGAAGAUUGCAAGCGCCUAGAAGAAAAACUACACGCGGCAGUUGACGAACACAGACAGAUGUCGGAAUAUCAAUCGGAAUUAGAUGACGCUAGGUUGAAAAUCGCACAGAUAGAAAUUUCUCAUGAAUCAUGGAAAAGAAAAUACGAGAAUGCGCUUAGCGAAAGGAAUGAUCUAAUUGCUAAAAUCUCCAAAUUAGAUUUGGAAUUAUCGAAUAUCAAGAGAAGUUCAAAAAUGGAAGAUUCCGAUGAUGUAAAAUUAAAAGUGGCUCGCUAUCAAAUGGAGAACGAAAGCUUAAAAGGCAAAUGCGAAACUCUGUUCAGUGAAAAAAAUGUUUAUAAGGAAAAGAUUUCACAGUUAGAGGCAGAAUUAUCGGAAACAAAGAAAAUAAUUGGAAGCUUCGAAAAUCGGUUCAAAAAGACUAGCGAAGUGUCCUUGAAUUCCAAAUGCGAAUUAGAAAAAGAACUUUCUCAUUACAAAGAUCUGGUAACACAGUUAAGUAGUAAAAUCAAUCUAUUAAAAGCGGGAAGAAAGAGUGACGUGGUAAUGGAGCAAAAAAUCAAACAACUGGAAAAAGAUUUGCAAGACAAAGACGAGUCAUUGAAUAAAUUAAGAGAUAUUGAGAAAAUAAAAGAAGAGAGGGAUCAACUUGUUCUAAAAUUGAAAAAUCAAGCCAAACAGUUUGAACAGUAUGUUCAGAAUCAAAAGCAAGUAUCCGCUGAAUUAAACUUAUCACCGCGUAGUUCCAGCGACGGUACAGAUUUUCAAAAGAUAAAGGAGAUUAUGAUAAAAGAGGUCCGCGAAGAGAUGGAACAGAAAGUGGUGGAAGAGCUUAGGGGUAUAGAGGAACAGCAUCGUGAGAAGAGAAAGGAAUUAGAGGAGAGGUAUAAAACAGUUCUAUUAGAACUACAAACCAGAUGUAAUGAAAAGGCGCAGGAAGUGGAAUCACUGAAAGAAACUAUGCUCGCGGAAAAGGUAAAAAUUCAUUCAUCUUUCCAAGCAAAGGAGCAGUUUGUUAGUCAGAUGAUUGAAAACAAACUUGAAACUUACUACAAAGAAUUGGUAGCACGAAAGUUGAAAAUCGAACAGUUACAGGAAGAGUUAAAGCAAAGAGAGAAUGAUGUGGAGGAGGAGAGAAAUCUAAUGGCUCAGGUAAUGACUAAAUGGGCUGCAGAGAUUAGGGAAAUAAAAGAUAAAGAAGCUGAGAUGAACGAAAAAUUGCAACAGUUAAAGGAAAGGGAAGAGAGUUUGAAGGCAGAAAUAACAACACUGAAAGAAAAGGAGAAAGAAAUGAAAAGCAAUAUUGAUACAUUGAAACAUAAGUAUCAAUCCGCAAAGAAGACAGCGAAUAAUUAUAAGGAGCAUGCAGAGAAUAAAGAGAAAUUCUUGUUAAGUGAAUGUAAACGUAUAGAAGAAGGGUACAAAAGAGCCAUGAAUCAAGUACAACAAAAACUUGAAGCAAUCGUUAGUACUCAAGAGGAACAAGUAACAACAAAGCUUAAAGAACUUGAGUGUCAGUAUACAGAAAGGAUAGAACAAAUGCGACUUACACUGAAGUACAAAAGUAAAUGUUGAAUUAUGUAUUAAUACUUUUAGAAUGCAAUAUAGCUUUGGUAGUUUAAAUGCAAAAUGUAGUUAGAAGAGGCUAGAUAUUUUUUAAUUUAAAGCACUUUAUUGUACAACACAAUUAGAAGAUUUUUAU